ACUUGGUCUACCGAGCACCCUCCGACUGCCCAUUCCCAAGGAGGAUCGGAAGGAGUGGGACGAAAGACGAAGAUCUCUUCACAGCUUUAUGCAAAUACGGAGCAAAUCUCCGCCCACCAGGGGGAGAGACAGAGAAGCUUUUUUCUCUACCUCAGUUCAGCCUCUAACGCUUUGGGGAGAUGAGCUGAGGACCGAGAGCCAAGACCAGAUUCCCAUCUACAGGUUAUUGAGAAAGAGAAGUUCAGAGCGUGAGGUCUGUGAGCGGAUCUAUAAACCAGUGACGGGACCCUGUGAUUUCAACCCACUUCACCUCGUCAAUCAAUUCUACUCUUGCCCGGAUUACUUCUAUUUAAACAAAAAGGGAUAUUUCAAUUGCUUGCAACUUUUUUUCCCUUCAACUCCCUCCUCCCCAGCCGGGGACCUCUGUGGAUUUAUGGUCUGUUUGAAGAUAUAACCGAGAGGAUAACACAAAGAACUGAAGGAAAAGGAACCUCUCUCGAAUCUCGACUGGAGGAAUGUUGGUGCUGACCCUAUGUCUAAUAUCAUUGCCCACCCUGGUGCAAGGUUUGAAUUGCUUUAUCCAGUCAGAAUACUGUGCUAACGGUGGCAGAUGUAGCCGGAAUCCUAAUGGUACUGAAGUUUGCCUGUGCAGCCUGGGGUAUCUGGGAGAUCGCUGUCAGUUCCACAAUCCCUGCCUUAGUUCACCCUGCAAGAAUGAGGGCACCUGCAGUCCCGUCAUCAACGGCCAGACCAUCGACUACAGGUGCACAUGCCGGCUGGGCUUCACGGAUCGCCUCUGCCUCACACCCGUCGAUAACGCAUGCCUUAGCAACCCCUGCCGCAAUGGGGGCAGCUGCCAGCUGACGACCAGCCUGCGGGAGUACAAGUGCCGGUGCCCACCCGGCUGGGCAGGUAAGCAGUGCCAGCAGGCGGACCCAUGUGCCUCUAAUCCCUGUGCCAAUGGAGGGCAGUGCGUUGCAUUCGAAGGCCAUUAUAUCUGCAGAUGCACCUCCGGAUUCCACGGCCCCAUCUGCAAGCAGGAUGUCAACGAGUGUGCGAUCAGCCCCUCGCCUUGCCGGAAUGGUGGCACCUGUCUCAAUGAGAUUGGCUCGUACCAGUGCUCCUGCCCUCCAGAAUACACGGGUCGCCACUGUGAGAAUCUCUACGUGCCCUGCUCCCCCUCGCCCUGCCAGAACGGAGGAACCUGCCGCCCACUUGGUGACGCUCUCUAUGACUGCACCUGCCUCCCAGGUUUCUCGGGCCAGCACUGCGAGGUGAACGUGGAUGACUGCCCCGACCACCAGUGUGACAACGGAGGGCUGUGUGUGGAUGGGGUGAAUACCUACAACUGCCAGUGCCCCCCAGAGUGGACAGGCCAGUUCUGUACUGAGGAUGUGGAUGAGUGUCAACUCCAGCCCAAUGCCUGCCAGAACGGAGGGACCUGCCACAACAGCAAUGGAGGCUACAACUGUGUUUGUGUCAAUGGCUGGACAGGAGACGACUGCAGUGAGAACAUUGAUGACUGUGCCAUCGCUGCCUGCUACACUGGGGCCACAUGCCACGAUCGUGUCGCCUCCUUCUACUGCGAGUGUCCCCACGGAAGGACAGGCCUGUUGUGUCACCUGAAUGAUGCCUGCAUCAGUAACCCGUGCCACGAGGAAGCCAACUGCAGCACCAACCCUGUCAACGGGAAGGCGAUCUGCAUGUGCCCAGCUGGGUUCUCGGGGACUGCCUGCAAGCAGGACGAUGACGAGUGUUCUUUAGGUUCCAACCCUUGCGAACAUUCAGGGAAGUGUAUUAACACGCUGGGCUCCUUCAUGUGCCAGUGCCUGCCCGGCUACCACGGCCCUCGAUGUGAACUGGACUUCAACGAGUGCAUGUCCAGUCCAUGCCAGAAUGAUGCCACCUGCCUCGACCUGAUUGGACGGUUCCAGUGUAUUUGCAUGGCCGGUUACACAGGACUCUACUGUCAGAUUGAUACCGACGAGUGUGCCAGUAAUCCAUGCUUAAACAAGGGCAAGUGUAUCGACAAAAUCAACGAGUUUGAGUGCGAAUGUCCUUCAGGGUUCAAUGGUAACUUGUGUCAGAUCGACGUGGACGAGUGUGCAAGCACACCCUGCAAGAACGCGGCCAGGUGUGUCGACGGACCAAAUAAAUAUCACUGUGAAUGCUUGGAAGGUUUUACCGGCACUCUUUGUGAGACUGACAUCAAUGAGUGUGAGCAGGAUCCCUGUCACUAUGGGACGUGCAAGGAUGCCAUUGCAACCUUUAACUGUGUGUGUUUUGCGGGCUACACGGGCCGUGUCUGUGACAUCAACAUCAAUGAGUGCCAGAGCCAACCCUGCCAGCACGGCGGCACCUGCCAGGACAAGGUGGAUGGCUACACGUGCUCCUGCCUCAAGGGGACCUCAGGUGAAAACUGUGAAACAAACUUGGAUGACUGUGCCAGCAACCCCUGUGAAUAUGGCAAUUGCAUUGAUCAGAUUAACAGCUACGACUGUGUCUGUGAGAUGGGUUACACUGGACCGAUGUGUAACAUUAACAUUGACGAGUGUGCGUCAAAUCCUUGUCACAAUGGAGGAACUUGCAAGGAUGAUAUCAAUGGCUUUACAUGCAUCUGCCCGGAGGGUUAUCAUGACUUGGUGUGCUUCUCUGAGGUCAAUGAGUGUAACAGUAACCCCUGCAUCCACGGGGAGUGCAGGGAUGACCUCAAUGGGUACAGCUGCAAGUGCGACCCCGGCUGGACAGGCAUGAACUGUGACCUGAACGUCAACGAGUGUGAGUCUCUCCCCUGUGUCAAUGGCGGCACAUGUCGGGACAUGAACAAUGGCUACCUGUGCGACUGCCGGCCCGGCUUCAGAGGUCCCAAUUGUCAGACAAACAUCAAUGAGUGUGCGUCCAACCCGUGCCUGAAUCAGGGAAGCUGCAUCGAUGAUGUGGCCGGGUACAAGUGCAUCUGCAUCUUGCCGUACACAGGUGUGAACUGUGAGGAUGUCCUGGCUCCCUGCGCCAGCCAGCCCUGCAAAAACGGUGGCGUCUGCCACGAGUCCGAGGAUUACGAGAACUUCUCAUGUGGCUGCCCGGAGGGAUGGCAAGGCCAGACCUGUGAAAAGGAUGUGAACGAGUGUGUGAAGAGCCCCUGUCAGAACGGUGCCAUGUGUCAAAACUCGAUGGGCGGAUUCCUGUGCACCUGCCGUCAGGGCUACACCGGGACCACGUGUGAAACUGACGUGGACGACUGCCAGCCCAAUCCGUGCCACAAUGGAGGUUCCUGCUCCGAUGGUGUGAACAACUUCCUGUGCCUCUGUCUCCCUGGAUUUGGAGGCCCCAAGUGCGAAGUGGACAUCAAUGAGUGCGCUAGUGACCCCUGCAAAAACAACGGCAACUGCACAGACUGCGUCAACAGCUACACCUGUACCUGUCCGCUGGGUUUCGGUGGCAUGCACUGUGAGAAUAAUGCCCCUGACUGCACGGAGAGCUCCUGUUUCAAUGGUGGGACUUGUGUGGACGGAAUUAACACUUUCACGUGCCUGUGCCCGACUGGCUUCACGGGCAGCUACUGCCAGCACGACAUCAAUGAGUGCGAUUCCAAGCCCUGCCUCCAUGGGGGCACUUGUCAAGACAGCUAUGGUACUUACAAGUGUACAUGUCCCCAGGGCUACACUGGACUCAAUUGCCAGGACCUGGUGCGCUGGUGCGACUCGUCACCCUGCAAGAACGGUGGCAAGUGCUGGCAGACGGGCACCACCUACCGGUGCGACUGUCAGAGCAGCUGGACGGGACUGUACUGCGACGUGCCCAGCGUGUCCUGUGAAGUGGCUGCCAAGCAGCAGGGGGUGAAAUCGGGUCAGCUCUGUCGCAACAGCGGCAUCUGCAUCGAUGCCGGCAACACGCACCGCUGCCAGUGCCAGGCCGGUUACACGGGCAGCUACUGCGAGGAGCAGGUUGAUGAGUGCACUCCCAAUCCGUGCCAAAAUGGAGCCACGUGUACCGACUACCUGGGCGGCUACUCGUGCGAGUGUGUUGCCGGCUAUCACGGAAUCAACUGCUCGGAGGAGAUCAACGAAUGUCUUUCCCAUCCCUGCCAGAAUGGUGGCACUUGCAUCGACCUCACCAACACUUUCAAGUGCUCCUGCCCCCGGGGCACACAAGGUGUGCACUGCGAGAUUAACCUGGACGACUGCAACCCCCCAGUGGACUCCCUCACCCAGGAGCCCCGCUGCUUCAACCAUGGGCGCUGCGUGGACCGCGUGGGCAGCUACAGCUGCAUCUGCCCGGCCGGCUUCGUGGGCGAGCGCUGCGAGGGUGACGUCAAUGAGUGCCUGUCCAACCCCUGCGACACGCGCGGCACUCAGAACUGCGUCCAGCUGGUCAACGCCUACCGCUGCGAGUGCAGGCCUGGCUACACAGGCCUCCGGUGUGAGCGAGUGUUCGACGGCUGUAAAAGUCGGCCCUGCCGCAACGGCGGGACCUGUGCCGUUGCCGGCAACAUCGCCCGUGGCUACAUCUGCCGCUGCCCCCCGGGCUACGAGGGAGCUUCGUGCGAGAACCAGGCAAGCGUCUGCAGGAGCCUGCGCUGCUAUAACGGUGGGACGUGCGUGCUCAGACCCGGCGGUGCCCCUUACUGCAUCUGCCCCGCAGGCCGAGGGGGACCCGACUGCCGGCAGCCAGCCGGCAGUCCCUGCGAGCCCAACCCCUGCUACAACGGCGGGACCUGUGAGCGGGCGCCCACCGAGCCCUUUUACCGCUGCCGCUGCCCCCAAAAGUUCAACGGGCUGCAGUGCUUCAUCCUGGACUACAACUUCAGCGGCGGGCGCGGCCAGGACAUCACCCUGCCCCCCGACGUCGAACUGGGCUGCGAGGUCGCCGAGUGUUCCCGCCUGGCCGCCAACCGGCUGUGUGAGGCUCGUUGCAACACCCAUGCCUGCGACUGGGACGGCGGAGACUGCUCGCUCAACUUCAACGACCCCUGGAAGAACUGCUCGCAGGCCCUGCAGUGCUGGCGCUACUUCGGCGACGGGAAAUGCGACGAGCACUGCAACAACGCCGGCUGCCUGUACGACGGCUUUGACUGCCAGAACGUGGAGUCACAGUGCAACCCCCUCUACGACCAGUACUGUAAGGAUCACUACGGCGAUGGACACUGCGACCAGGGAUGCAACAACAUCGAGUGCGAGUGGGACGGCCUGGACUGCGCCAACGACAAGCCCGAGAAGUUGGCGGACGGGACACUGAUGCUCAUCGUACUGGUACCCCCCGAGCAGCUGCGAAACAACUCGGUCAGCUUCCUCCGCGAGCUCAGCCGCGUCCUGCACACCAACGUCAAGUUCAAGAGGCUCGCGGAUGGCAACGAGAUGGUGUUCCCCUACUUUGGGAAUGAGGAAGAGCUACACAAGAAACACGUGAAGAGAUCGCUGGAGGAUAUCGGCAGCCACGUAGCUGGAGUCUUCAGGACUGUCAAGCGGUCCCUGUACACAAUGGUGAACCCCAGGGUCCGCAGGGAGCUGGAUGAGCGAGAGGUCAAAGGAUCAAUCGUUUACUUGGAGAUUGACAAUCGGCAAUGUUAUCAGACUUUCUCAGACUGCUUCAACAGCGCAGCAGAUGUGGCCGCAUUCCUGGGCGCCAUGGCCUCCCAGGGCAGCCUCCAGCUCCCCUACAACAUAGAGGUCGUGCAAAGUAAAGGCGAUGAGAGGCCUCCUGACGUUAAACUCUACCCCAUGUACGUGGUGGUGUCUGUGCUCAUCUUCCUCGCCUUCAUUGGGAUGGGGGUGCUGGUGUCUCGCAAGAGGCAUCGGGAGCACGGGCAGCUGUGGUUCCCCGAAGGGUUCAAGGUCACCGAGUCCAGCAAGAAGAAACGUCGUGAACCGGUUGGCGAGGACUCUGUCGGGUUGAAGCCGCUGAAGAACGUUUCUGAUGGAGCUCUCAUGGACGACAACCAGAACGAGCACUGGGGUGAUGACAGUGGAAUAGACACGAAAAGGUUCAAGUUUGAAGAGCAGGCGAUCCUGGCAAACCGCGAGGACCACACUGACCACAGACAGUGGACCCAGCAGCACCUGGACGCCGCUGACCUUCGGCUGCCGAGCAUGGCGCCAACCCCGCCCCAGGGUGAAAUCGAGCCCGACUGUAUAGAUGUCAACGUCAGGGGCCCAGAUGGCUUCACUCCCCUGAUGAUUGCCUCGUGCAGCGGGGGUGGCCUGGAAACGGGCAACAGCGAGGAGGAAGUGGACGACGCCCCAGGCAACCUCAUCUCUGAUUUCAUCUACCAGGGGGCCAACCUCCACAACCAGACAGACCGGACAGGCGAAACCGCCCUUCACUUGGCUGCCCGCUAUGCCCGGUCUGACGCUGCCAAGCGUCUCCUUGAAUCCAGCGCCGAUGCCAACAUUCAGGACAACAUGGGCAGGACGCCAUUACAUGCUGCUGUGGCCGCGGAUGCCCAGGGAGUUUUCCAGAUCCUGAUCCGGAAUCGAGCAACAGACCUGGAUGCACGGAUGCACGAUGGGACCACACCGCUGAUCCUGGCCGCACGCCUGGCCGUGGAGGGAAUGGUGGAAGAACUGGUGAACUGCCAUGCCGAUGUCAACGCAGUAGAUGACUUUGGGAAGUCAGCCCUACACUGGGCAGCUGCCGUCAACAACAUGGAGGCCACAAUGGUCCUGCUGAAAAAUGGAGCCAACAAGGACAUGCAGGAUAACAAGGAGGAAACCCCGCUCUUCCUGGCAGCGCGGGAAGGGAGCUACGAGACGGGCAAGCUCCUGCUCGAGCACUUCGCGAACCGCGAGAUCACUGAUCACAUGGACCGGCUACCCCGCGACAUAGCGCAGGAGCGCAUGCACCAUGACAUCGUGAGGCUGCUGGAUGAAUACAACCUGGUGAGGAGCCCCCAGGUGCAGAUGGGUGGCAAUGCCACCAACCUCUCCCCACCCAUCUGCUCGCCCAAUGGUUACAUGGGCAGCGCCAAGCCAGCUGGCCCCAGCAAGAAGUCUCGCAAGAGCAACGCCAAGGGGGCCAACGGCAAAGAAUCCAAAGAAGCCAAGGUAAAGAGGAAGAAGUCCCAGGACGGGAAGGGAAGCCUGUUGGACAGCUCCUCGGUCUUGUCUCCUGUUGAUUCCAUGGAGUCCUCCCAUGCCUACCUGUCAGACGUGGCUUCCCCUCCCCUGUUGACGCCUCCCUUCCAACAGUCGCCUUCCAUCCAACUCAACCAUCUGCAGGGGUUGGCAGUGGACGGCCACCUCAACUUGAGCCAUCUAGGCAUGGGCAGGAAGCAGGAGACACUGGGAGGAGGCAGCAGGAUGGUUUUUGAAUCGGUGGCCCCCCGUCUCUCCCACCUGCCCGGCUCCAACGGGCAGGCCAUCAGCAGCACCUCCAUGACCAUGAACUUGGGAGGGGCUGGCGCAAUGAGCGGCCAGUGCGACUGGCUGACGCAGAUGCAGACGGGGAUGGUCCAGAACCCCUACAACCCCAUGAGGAACCCAGCGCAGGGCCAUGCCAGGGGCCUGCAGCAGAGUCAGCAUGGAAUGAUCACCUCGCUACACAACGGGCUGCCCAACACCUCCUUGUCACAGAUCGUCAGCUAUCAAGGCCUGACCAGCACCACUGCCCUGCCACAGACGCACCUGAUGCAGCAGCCGCCUCAGGGCGUCUCGGCACUCAGUGCCAUGCCCGGCGGCACCGCUCACUCCAUGGGCCAAAACUACUGUGGCGCCGACCCGAGGCAGGCCGACUUGCCCCAGCUGGGGGGCAGCAGCCUCCCAGUCCACGCCAUUUCGGCCCAGGAUACCCAGCUCCUCCCGACCUCGCUGCCGAGCUCCAUGAGUCAGUCGAUGGCCACCACCCAGUUCCUGACCCCCCCCUCGCAGCACGGCUACUCCUCGCCCCUGGACAACACGCCCAGCCACCAGCUGCACCUGGCUGACCACCCUUUCCUGACCCCCUCGCCUGAGUCCCCCGACCAGUGGUCCAGCUCCUCGCCCCACUCCAACAUGUCCGACUGGUCAGAGGGCAUCUCCAGUCCCCCGACCAGCAUGCACUCCCAGAAGGGACUUCUCUCUGAUCAGGUCUUCAAGUGAGAACUUUCCAGCCCCUCCCCCCGACAAACCCGUUCUCAUCUCCCCUCCCUCAGCCCCCUGGGGUUCAGGCAGCUCAGCCACACAGAGGAGGAAGCCGACGAGGUGAGAUGCAACAGCGGGGGCCCAUCUGUUGGACUGUCAGAGAAGGCCGUGUCCAGUUUCUGAUUAGGAGCAAAUGAACAAGGGAUGGAUUUUUGUUCUGUGUUUUCCUUUAAUUUAUUUAUGUACUUUACAUUUUUACUGUGUUUUUAUUUUAUUUAAUUCUUUUUUUUGUUAUGUUUGAGAUGUGGGCAGUUUAUUUUAUGGAUGCUAACACCCCAUCUCAGAGCCUGACGGAUGGUUAGAGACAGUGUUGUUUUUAUAGAAACUUGACACUUUUAAAACAGAAUAGAUAGCUGGUUUUUGUGUCGAUGAAUUUUUAGCCGAUCGAUCUCUUGCUAAUGAUAAAUGUAUAAAAAUAGUAUGACUUAUAUUUAUAUAUGAGUUCAGAAUCUUUGAAGAAAAGAGUGAAAAUAAGUUUGUGUACACACUGUAUACCCUCGGGUAAGUGCACCCUCUCUGCCCCACAACACACCAGUGACCAGUGCUGGUCCCUUAGGUAAAUGCACACACUGGCGAAUUCAACCCAGUUCACUCACUGGCACACAGUGAGUCUUUCACAGCCCCUCCCCCCUCCCCCCUCUGUGAGUCUCUCUCUCUCUCUCUCUCUCUCUCUCUCUCUCUCUCUCUCUCUCUCUCUCUCUCUCUCUCUCUCCAUUCACAGUCUCUCAUACACACACUCAAAAUCAUAGUCUCUCACACACACAGUUGCAGCCGCUGAUUCCCACAUUUACACACCCUCAGGUUGCCUCCCCCACACCCACCAUCCCUACGGCUUAUUCUCGCACACUCGCUUUCACACUCCUGUAUGUUCACAUCCACGUCUAUGUGUGUGUGAGAGGACUGAGCCCCCACCCCCCCAACUAGGGCAUUUGAUGACGUGAAUUCCAGACACUAUCACAGGUUGUAGCGGACAGCACAUUUGGAACAAAUUACAGCAUCUUUGCGUGUUUAGUUUUCGGUAUUAUCAGGGGGGCGUCAUGUUAAUGUUCUCAGAGGAUGCUCAGCUCAAAAUUGUCAAUUCUCUCCUGCGAUUGAAACCAGGAAAUGGAACACUUGUCAUUGACAAGUUACUGAGAGAGAUGAUUUCAGUUUUUGAUUUCUGUAAUCAUAUUGUGCUGAAGUCUGUGUUUCUGACUUGAUUCAAUAAUGACACUAUGUUUAAAGUUAAAUGGCAUUUAAGUUAUUCUGGUCAGGCGGGGCUGCAAGGGAAAAGGUCAGAAAGUUAAUGGUUUGAGGUGCUGUGAAUUAGCAAGCAAGGUCUACAGCCACUUUUAUAUCUUCCCCACCAUCCCCCAUUCUCUCCUGAUUGGAGUCCCCUCUUCCCUCCCUUUGCCACCUCUCGACAUAGUAGGUGUUUGACUUCGUAUCGUGAUGCAUUCGCAGGAUGAUUUCAACAGGACAGGGUGAGGCAGGGGGCAACUGCCAUGUGCAGACGGGGCACUCGCCUGUUUCCGGAGAGGGUGGAGCGCCCACGAUCCACACGAGCACCUUCCUCCCACAUUCCCCCCCUCAGCCAUAAAAGUGUCCUGGGAAAGAGGAGGUGCUGAGAGUCACCUCCCCCCAUAUUAGACACAUGGGGAUCACCUUUAAAAGGAGAUUGUGUAAAAGGAUUAUUCCGCUGUUUUAGUGAAAGUACCAUUUCUGUAAACAUUGUAAAUAAACAGUGUUUAAUAAAAGAUUUUGUUUCAGAAAUCUGUAUGAUGUAAGUGAGAUAUUAAAUGUGUCCUGGCCCUGUGAUGCAGUGUUUUAUAGCUUUCAAGUUACCCAUGUAAAACCCUCUGGUGAUUAUAACAUACAGUAACAGCCAGCCAGAGGAUGCUAGUUUGAAAAUAUGGUGUAUUUUCUGUUAACUGCUUUUUGUAAACUGUACUUGUAACAAUAAAACUGUGCCAAGGGCAUCUAGAACUAA